AAGGUUUUUGGACUCAAAAAUAAAUCUAAUUUAAAAAUACCCAAAAAUAAAUUCGACCGUUGGAACCAAAAGAAAAAGAAGCCGUUACUCUUCUUCAACCAAAACCCCCCAAUUUCUUUCAACUUUCUCCCUCUUCAUGAGCUCAUUUUUGUAGCUUCAAUUUGACUUUUCCAACUUUAAUUUCUAGAGAGAUAAACCUAUUUCUUGAAAAACCAACUUUUUUUUUUUUUAAUAUUUGAAUUUUAAAAAGAUUUUUUUUUUUUCUUUUAUUUGAGAAAUAAAAAUGGUGGCAAGAACCCCACCAAAACAGAGGAAGAUAAUGGUGGCUCCUCCAUUAAGCCCUACUCUUAUCAGAGAAACUGUUAAAAAGGUGGAUCAAUGUAUGGAAAGAUUGCAAGAGCUUCAAUAUACAGUUACUGGAGGAAGUAAAGUGGUUGCUGGUGUUAAACUUAGCCCUCGUAGUACUAAAGCUUACUUAAAAACUAGUCUCAGAUGCAAGCAGGAAUCGAUGAGAAUUAGAAAUAAUGGAUCAAAGAAAUCUCCAACUGGGAAAUUACAAGCAAAUGUUUCAGGGGAAUGGAAAAGAAUGUCGUUAUCAGCAAUGUUAGUAGGAGAAACAGUAGCAGAAAUCCUAGAAUCAAGUAAAGUAACAAGAGAAAUCAUGAGGAAUUCCAACAUUGAUGAUCCAAAAACACCUGUGCCUCGGAAACAAAGACCGAACCCCGAAAAGACACCCCUCGAAACUCGAAGGAAAAGAGAAAAACAGCAUCAAUUCCGUAUCAUUCGAGGAGAAUCGAGCACCCCGUCUGUUCGAAGAGCUCGAUCGAGGAUCAAUUUCAGGGUUUCACCGGAGAAAAGACCCGAAAUCGAUAGAGGAAACAGGGUAUCACCAAAACAGAGUAGCAUGAGAUAUAAUGUGGCAAACAGGGUAUCACCAAAACAUAAACCUUGGGCUAAAAAAACUGUUCUUUUCCCAAAUCCCCUGUUUCAUUCAUCAUCACCCACUUCACAAAAGCAGCAAAUUAGCAAGAAUAAAUCUCCAAUAAUUGCGAAAAAGAGAGAAACUCCUCAUAAAUUUUUGGUUAAAUCCCCUGUGAAAAUCAAAAGUCCACAAAAGGGUUUCGCCUCUGUUUCCCCUGUUUCAAAGCCUGCAUCUUUUGGCAGGAAAUCGCCUCCGAAACCGGCUUCUUCAAUGGCAUCGAAGCUAAGAAGAUCAUUAUCGCCUUCGAGGUUGGUGAAUCGAUUUGUUUCUCCAUUGAAGGGAAGAAGGAUAUCAAUGAAUAGCAGUCAUGAUGGGAUGAUGAUGAUGAAUGGAGUGAAACAGAGGCCUCCUCCAUUGAUGAUGAUGCCAAUGAGAUUUUCUACAACUAAAACUGCUGUUGGAGUUGCAAAUUAGUGUAUGAUUUAGUUUUUAUGAAACAUUAUCUUAUGUUUCUAUUAUUGAUAUUUUCUCAAUGUCCAAGUUGAUAAUAUUGUGUUGAUUCUUUAGUUCCUUUCUAGAGAUGUAUACUGCCCCCUCAGCUUAUAUAAUACUUCAUUCAUUUCUACUCCGUGCUUAAUGAAAUAAUUCUAACACUUUAUGUUGGAUCGUCUUUUUUGAUUUAUACUUCAUGAAAAAUAUAAACAUAGUUAAAGUUAAUAUUAUGCAUUACCAAAUGUGAUAAAUAUAACAGGUAAAGUAACAUAAGAUGGAGGAACUUUAUAUUGUC